AUGAUGAGAUGGCGUCCAUGGUUGGCUCUGCUGGGAGCUGCGCUGGGUGAUGUCGAGCCAGGUGUGUUCAUGGUACAGAUGCAGGCCACACAUGUGGCCCGAACAGCUCGAACCACCCGAACAGGGCGCCGCCACGAAGUGCGGCAGAAGCCAUGGGAAGUCCAUCAGUAUCUUGCAUGUGCUCAUCACAAGUCCGGUGUUGACCUCACCAAGAAGCUUGUCUGGUUCGUCUUUGGCGAGCUGGGUGUUUUUGGUGAGAGGGGCGAGACACACGACCUGGGGCUGAUGACCCGUCCGUGUGGGCCGGGCGUCUGUUACAAUCCGGAGGCGCCUGUGCGGAUUGAGGUGGACAUGUGCUCGGCUGAAACUGUUCAGCAGCAACGUGAGGCAGCCGGGCCAGGGGUGCUGAAAGUGGUAGUGCCCGUGCGGGAUCCUCUGGAGAUGGUCGCCUCGGCAUACUGCUUUCACCACGAAUGGAAGGAGUGGUACAACCCGAUAGCUUGGCCGCUGGGAGUGGUGCCUAGCAUGGAUGCACAAGACGGUGUGGCGUUCAUGGCACACAGGAUGCUCCCACAAGUGGCCAACAUGUCAAGCUUUGCUGAACCCCAGAAUGACACCUUCCGGAUAGAUUAUGAAAAGUUUACACGCUCGUCCAAGGACUUCGAUGAGGAAGCCAGGAAGCUGAUAGACUUCUGGUUCGCAGGUCUUAUAACCGAGGAGGAGCACGGUCGGGUGCUCGAAGCGGCCAAGAAAGCAGACCUGCGCCGCGUUCCCGACGUUAUUGGGCACACCAACAGUGAGGAGUGCAUGUCAAAAGCCAGGAAGGCAACCAGGUCCAUGCCGGCUGAUUUGCAGUCUCGCUACGAAGAGUUUCGCAGCAGGCUCGGUUACAAUAUUCACGAGGACCUCCCCUAG